AUGACACGCUCCCUUCGAUACCGCGACGGCGUAGCAAUCGCCCAAAUCAUCGUCUUCCUAGUUUACCUCGCCUUCGGCAUCCUCUUCCGCAUCCAAAAGAAAAUGGGCUGGUUCGGCAUCUCCUUCAUCUCCGCCAUCCGCAUCGUCGGCGCCGGCUGCAUGCUGGGAACACUCACAAACUCUUCGCGCGCAGUCUGGGCCGCCAUCUUUGUCUGCGAAUCCCUCGGUCUCGUGCUCUUGACCUUUGUACUGCUUGAUCUGCUCAAGAGGGUCAACUCCUUCGUCCAGGUCCUAACACAAUGGCACUUCCGCAUCCCCGAACUAAUCUGCUGGGCCGGCCUCGGCAUCUCCAUCGCAGACUACAUCGUCGUAGCCAAAAAGACAUCCGACGCCACGGCGCCCGGCACGCUCACGAGGGCGGGCGUAGGCCUCUUUGCCGCGCUCUACUUCUGGGGCGUCCUCCUCUUCGUGCUUCUAGCGAAGGAGUGGAGGCGGAUUCCGCAGGCAGAGAGGCGGGCCAUGGUGGGGUUCGCGGGGUGUUUCCCCUUCAUGGUUGUGCGGAUCUCGUAUACGAUUGCCUAUGUUAGUACCGGGGAGAGGAGGUUUAGUGCGGUGAGUGGGGAUACGACAACGUAUCUGUUCAUGACGGUCUUGAUGGAGUUUGCAGUGCUGGGGUGUGUUGUGUGGACUAUUUGGGGGCUGGAUAGAGUGUAUGAGCAGGUGGAGGCAGUGCGUGGGAAAGAUACUGGUGAAGUGGAUGAUCUCGUCGAGUCUGGAGGGCAGAGAUCGAGACACUUGGAAAAUUGA